UCAGGGAUGGCAGACGUGGGCGAACAUAAUUUAAAAAUAGAAAAGUCGACCGAAGUAACCCAGUUAGAGGCUACAGCAGAAGUACAUGUAAACAAAAAUGGCGUCCUACAGUUGCUCGAGGACGAUGAAAUCGAUGAAGACGAGCUUUCGCACAUGAAGGAAGAAAUUGAAAAUCUAAAGAGACAAGAAGAACAACUGCGCAAAAAACAGGACUUUCAUGAAACAAAAAAGCAGCUGGAAAAACAGAAGGCGAAGAUCGAAUCCCUGAAGGACAGACAGAUGGGUCAACUUGGUGAGGAAUUGAGAGCUUCAAAUAGACGAGCUAAUGCUGAGGGAUCUAGGAAAAAUUUGAAGAUCCAAGCAACCCAGCGACUUCUCUACAGCUGUAACAAGUGA